AUGGCUUCAGAUAAGGAAAUUAAGAGAGAGAAAUUCUUGAGCGUUUUCCCUAAGUUAGUGGAAGAAUUGAACGCAUCGCUUUUGGCUUAUGGUAUGCCAAAGGAAGCAUGUGACUGGUAUGCGCACUCUUUGAACUACAACACUCCAGGUGGUAAGUUGAAUAGAGGAUUGUCUGUCGUGGACACGUAUGCCAUUCUCUCUAACAAGACUGUUGAUCAAUUAAAGCAAGACGAAUACGAAAAAGUUGCCAUUCUGGGCUGGUGCAUUGAGUUGUUACAAGCUUACUUCUUGGUUGCCGAUGACAUGAUGGAUAAGUCUAUAACUAGAAGAGGCCAACCAUGUUGGUACAAAGUUCCUGAAGUUGGGGAAAUUGCCAUCAACGACGCGUUCAUGUUAGAAGCAGCUAUCUACAAGCUGUUGAAAUCGCACUUCAGGAACGAGAAAUACUACAUAGAUGUCACCGAAUUGUUCCAUGAGGUCACCUUCCAAACUGAAUUGGGCCAAUUGAUGGACUUGAUCACUGCACCUGAAGACAAAGUCGACUUGAGCAAGUUCUCCUUGAAGAAGCACUCCUUCAUAGUGACUUUCAAGACCGCUUACUAUUCAUUCUACUUGCCAGUUGCUUUAGCCAUGUACGUUGCUGGCAUCACCGAUGAAAAGGACUUGCAACAAGCCAAGGAUGUCUUGAUUCCAUUGGGUGAAUACUUCCAAAUUCAAGACGACUACUUGGAUUGUUUCGGUACCCCAGAACAAAUUGGUAAGAUCGGUACCGACAUUCAGGAUAACAAAUGUUCCUGGGUUAUUAACAAGGCUUUAGAACUUGCUUCUGCAGAACAAAGAAAGACUUUGGACGAAAAUUACGGUAAGAAGGACUCAGUCGCAGAGGCCAGGUGUAGACAGAUUUUCAAUGACUUGAAAAUCGACCAACUCUACCAAGAAUAUGAAGAAACUAUUGCUAAAGAGUUAAAGGUUAAAAUCUCUCAAGUCGAUGAGUCUCGUGGCUUCAAGGCUGAUGUCUUGACUGCGUUCUUGAACAAAGUCUACAAGAGAAGCAAAUAA